UACUGGGAGAAUGAACCGCUUUUCUUCCUUUUUCUUCUUCAUUUCUCUCUCAAUUCAAAGCUUAAGACAAAAUCCCCAAUUCCCAACGCACGCUUCUCUCUCUCUACAAAUCCAAAUUCCUCUCCAAAUCAUUACCGAAAUUCAAAUUUCCAAAGCCUCUGCAACGGCGGCUCUUCAAAUUCCACAAUCCAGAUCGUCAAUUUGAUUGAUUCUCUGCACCAACCAUGGCGUCGCUUCUGAAAUUCAAGCUCCUCCCGACUCACUGCGGCGUCGCUCAGAGUCCCACGUUGAGCCCUAGAACGAGCCCUCUCGUCCACCUCCGUCGCCGGAAAACCACUCUGCGGAUGCUUCUCACUCGGAAUUCCGGCCGGAGAUCCCCUCGCCGCCGUGCCUUGCCCGACAAGAAGAGAGACCACACGGAUUUGGCGCGGAGCAACACGUUGAAGGACUUGUUCGUCUCGUCGCCGCCGUACGACGGAAACGACGGCGAGAUUAAGGAGGCGGCAGCGACGGCGACGGCGAGCCCGAACCUGAUUCCGGUUUGCAAGGAGAAGGAAGAUGGUGAGGUUGGAUCGACCGGUUGGAAACCGGGUUCUCCCAGACCGGCUUGGACCGGUUUCCGAUACAAGUACUUGCUCCGGAAAACGUGGCGGCCGGUGCUCGCCGGCAUCCCCGAGUAAUGGAUGAUUAUUUUUUUUAAUACCUUUUUAACCCUUUCUAUAAUUAAUUAAAAAAUAUCUAAUCUAAUAUUCUCUGUUUUUAGUAUAGUUUGUAAUUUUUACCUAAAAUAGGGGUGGGGGGAAGGAUUAAGAUCUUAAUCAAGGGGGUUCGCGUAAAUAAUUCGCUAUAUGAAAAAUAUUUUUGUAUCUGAAAUUCUAAAUAGAUUUCCAAUGGUGGGAAUUGCUUAUUCUG